GCCCUGGAUUCGGUGGGUUCGGUUCUUAGGUUGGCAAUACGGCUGUCAUAGUACUGAAGUGGAAAAAGCUGCACGUUUUUUCCGACUAUGAUCAGCAAAAAUAAAAAAUUUUUGCGAAACUUCCGCAUAAAAGAUAACCAAGAAUGAAGGUGAAGGCUCGUAAUAACUCCAAGUUAUCAAAUUCGUCGUAAUAAUGACUCCAGUUAAAUAUUCUGGGCUCCAUUUGAGUCCUGAUCUGCAUUCUACAUUGUUUGGAACACUUAGAUAUUUUCCUGCAAUGUAUUUUUGGGGUUAGAGUUUACCGGUUUUUACCAACUUGGCAAACCGAAACCUCAAACUAAUCGAUUUUUCCCACAAUGGUUUAAUGAAAUCACCCGAAGUUGAAUAUGUUGACAAAUAAGGCAAACUUGAUUAUGACAUGACUAUUGUGGGUAUAUUUCGUCUUAACGAUGAUUUCCACUUCUUUUGAAUCACUUCGAAAUGUUGUUACUUUAUAGAUAUAUUUGGCUGUUUUUGCGCUGUAGCUUAUGCUUCAAUUGGAUUACAAUGUUCUUGUUACAUUUCGAUGCUUAGAAAGUACCGGAAAACUUUCUUUUUUCUUCUCUUUGAAAGCACAGGGCUCUGUAUGUAAACAAAUUAAGGCAAACGUGGUAACUUUGGGUCAUCUAUUUCAAGGAUCGUACCACUUGACUUGUUGGAUAAAUUCUACGUUGUUCGAAACGUUUUUCUAAUUUAUUUACUGGGUUUUUGUGCUGCGGUCAUCAAAUGUAUUUUUUGUUUUGUUAAAGUUGAUUCAUUUUAGCGAAGUGUUGAGACGGAAAUACUUUUUCUUCUUCUUCUUUCUUCUCUGCCAGAGUUGAAUAUGUUGACAAAUUAAGGCAAACGUGGUUGCCUUAAACCCUUAAAAAAUAGGUUCGUAGCCACUAGAUCAUACCGUUUUUUGUUGCUGAUGUAACAAAUAAGAAUCUUUCUACACGAUGUAAUAUCUCAAAAGCAAAAGGAAUUUACAUUUACAGUCCUUUUGGUUUUGAUGUAAGAAGUGACUAAAAUGUUGCAUGCACUAAAGAAAGUGUCCUAAAUUUUACACAAAACAUUUUCUUUUUUGUUUCUUUAAAAAUGUUUGUGUUACUUUCACCACUUUAACAGUGCUUUAUGGAGUGACAAGUAAUGUUUUAUUCAUUGAACUUCACGCCAUACACGUGGACACCCUUUCUGUUUAUUUGUUCUUUUCGGAAGUUAAUCACUAAACCAAUAUUUGUUACCUUAUUGUAAGAUGUUUUGUACUUAUAAACAUUAAUAAAAAAUAAACCUUUACAAAUUUGUCUUUUACUUAAGCCUACUAUAAAAUAUUUUCCCUUGGACCCUUUGUGUCAUUUCCCAACUCCGCUUAGUGGAUCGUCAUAGCCCGAUUAAUUUCUGUAUUAAACUACAGACUCACUUUCACAAAAUUAUAGUCAUCGGCACGCAAAUAAAUCGGGUAAAUACUAGACAAAGCACACGUGGUGAGUGGUGGAAAUGAACAGUUGGUAGAAUUACUCAGUAGUUCUGCAUGCUUUGGUGAUGAUGGAUAAACAAACGGGCGAAGAUUCCUUCAAAGAUGCGUUUCAUAAUAAUAACGAAAUUGAGUGGCAUAAAUUUCCUUACAAAAUUAGUGACGUUGACGAAAAAAUUAAUUCGGAACUUUUGAAAGAUUUCACCGGCGAAAGAACAGGUUUUAUACAAGUUGGGCCGAAAAAAUGGUUCUUCCCCAGCGCUUUUAAGCAAACCCUUGAACUUUACUAUAAUUUUCAACCAAGGCCCACCGAUGUUUGGAUUGUGACUUUCCCCCGAUCAGGUACGACUUGGACCCAAGAAUUGUUAUGGUUGUUGGCAAACGAUUUGAAUUACGAAAAAGCAUCUGAAAUUCCCCUCGACGCCAGAUUUCCGUUCUUAGAAUUCAGUUCUUUUGUGCACCCAGACGUUAAGGAAGAAUUUUUGAAUGAAAAUCGUCAUUCUGACGAGAAAAUUGCCCUCAUAAAUGAGGUUACAGCACCGGCUUGGAAAACAUUGGCCGAAACAACUGAAAGGAGGUUCAUAAAGACACACUUACCGUUUCAGUUGUUGCCACCACAUUUGUUAAAAAUCGGCUGCAAAGUGAUUUAUGUUGCGCGAAAUCCCAAAGAUGUCGCUGUGUCUUUCUACCAUUUGAAUCGCCUCUUUCGCACCCAAGGCUAUACCAAUGAUUUUCCCAAGUAUUGGCACUAUUUCAAAAAUGGACUACAACCGUGGACGCCUUAUUGGUCGCACGUCCAAGAAGGGUGGGAAAGGCGACAUGAAGAAAAUCUUCUUUUUAUGUUUUAUGAAGAUAUGUUAAAAGAUUUACAAGGCUGUUUACGAAAGGUGGCGACGUUUCUCGGCGUGAAAUAUUCAAAUAAAGAGUACGAAAAAUUACAAGAACACCUGAAAUUUGAGAAUUUCAAAAACAACAAGUCGGUGAACGCCGAAUUGUUGAAAGAUUUGGGAAUUUUGCGAAGUGACGAGGAGGGUUUUGUGCGGAAGGGGAAGAGUGGGGGUUGGAGGAAUUAUUUCACAGGGGGGCUACAGGACGAAGCGGAUUUUUGGAUUGAGGACAAUUUAAGGAAAACUGGCAUCCAGUUCCCAACAGAUAAUUUGUAAAAGUAACAAUAAAAAUUAUUUAAUUUGUA